GAGAGGCUUUUCCCCAUCCAUUUGGCAUCCAUGAUGGGAGAUCCUAACGCCGUUAGUUUGUUGAAAGCCUUUGGUGCUGAUGUGAACAAGAGAAGUUCCAAAGGACGAACUGCUUUGGAUUUUGCGAAGGUGGCUAUUGCUGUGCAGUCGGAGGAACAGAAAGACUACCAGAAGACUACUUCGUAUCUCCGCUACUGCCAUGUCAUAGAGCUGCUUGAGGUGAAGACACUCUCCAUGCGCCAGUUUUUCGCUGGAGCCGGAGAGGUGGACAUGGAAGAAUCUGAAUCGAUCUGCCAUAGCCUGCUCCCAAUGGACUUCCAACAGCACCAACAGGCCCCUUGGUGGACUGAUGCUAUUGUUCCCACCAUGCAUCGCGUGAAAGACUUUGCUCAGAGGAUCGUUGCAUAA